GCAUGCGCAGAACACCUAGGAAGUGACCAGAGAAUCAGCAUGUAUGUCUCCUCUGCCCUCCGCCGUAUGCUGAGCGGACUGCUAUUGUGCAGCCUGAGGGUUGCAGCGACACAGGAGCUCCGCUACCCUCCGAACAGGAUAGCGGUUAUUGGAGCCGGAAUUGGAGGAACAUCGGCAGCCUAUUUCUUACGUCAGAAGUUUGGGAAAGAUAUCCACAUUGAUGUAUUUGAGAAGGAUAAUGUGGGUGGGCGACUGGCUACGAUUGAGAUGGAAGGGAACCACUAUGAGGCUGGAGGGUCAGUGAUACACCCCUUGAAUCUUCAUAUGAAAACUUUUGUUAAAGAUCUGGGUCUGAAUGCACGCACACCUUCUGGAGAUCUGCUGGGAAUUUACAAUGGUGACGAGUUUGUUUUUCAAGAGAGUGAAUGGUUUCUUAUAAAUAUUAUUAAAAUGAUAUGGAAUUAUGGACUGAAUUUCCUUCGAAUGUACAUGUGGGUUGAAGAUAUUUUGGAUAAGUUCAUGAGGAUUUACCGCUAUCAGACGUUUGAUUAUUCUUUCUCCACCACGGAAUCUUUGCUGCAUGCUAUGGGUGGGGAUGACUUCAUAUCAAAGCUGAACAUGACCAUAGAUGAAGCAAUGCAGAAAUCUGGGUUCACACAGAGGUUUAUUGAUGACAUAGUGGUUCCAGCUAUGAGAGUCAACUACGGACAAGGAGUCAAGAUUAAUGGCUUUGUUGGUGCUGUCUCUCUCGCUGGGACGGACUCUGGACUGUGGGCAGUGGCUGGUGGGAAUAAACUAGUUUGUAGUGGCCUCCUAUAUGCUUCAAAAGCACAGCUAAUUCAGGGCACUGUCACUUCUGUACAGGAGAAAUUUCGUUCUACAAAGCCUGGAAAUACAGUGAAGUUGUACGAAAUAGGCUACGUAACAGACAGAGGACCUGGGUUGGACUUGUAUGACAUUGUAAUCAUUGCAACACCACUCAACAAGAAUCUUGGUAACAUAGAGUUUGUGGGCUUUGAACCGCCAAUUGAAACCUCUUCCGGACCUUACCAGCAGACGGUGGCCACGUUUGUUCAUGGACGGAUCAAUGCUUCCUUCUUUGGAUGCUCCAAACCAUGUCAGUUUCCAUUAUCAGAAAUAUUAACUACAGAUAGCCCCAAACUUUUUAUACGCAGUAUUUCAGCCGUGUCUCCAGUCAAUCCAGUCCCAGAAUCUGACACGUCAAAAGCUUCAGGUCUCAGAGUCUGGAAAAUCUUCUCUCCGGAUGUCCUAACUGACCAACAGUUGCGUCAGCUCUUUGAAUCUUACCAUGCAGUUAAAGUGAGAAAUUGGUUGGCUUAUCCGAGAUACAGCCCACCAGAGAAAAUACCACCAAUAAAACUUCAUCGCGCAAUUUAUUACCUGAACAGCAUUGAAUGGGCAGCCAGUGCCAUGGAGAUGAGUGCCAUCGCUGCCAAGAAUGUGGCUCUUUUAUCUUACCAUCAAUGGUAUGGAAAGGAUGAGCACAUUGACCAGGAGGACUUAGCAGAUCGUCUAAAGUCUGAGCUAUAG